UUAUUCAACAAAGAAAAACUGAAGCCUAGAUUUCGCCGCGUGAGCUGCUCAGUCUAAUUCGAACGUGCGUUGUGGAAGUACAUAUUACUGAAAAAAUGGAUGAACAAAUCGACGAAACUCCGAAAAAUGGGGAUAUCGACAAAACCAACGAAGCGGGUAACGAAACGAAUCCUUCAUCAGCGAAAAUCAACAACGCAAAUGAAACUGACAUACCAAUGGAUCAUGAAAGAAUAAGUACUGAGGUGCUGGUUGAUACAGCCAAUCGUCUAAAAAAACUCACUCUCGCGCAGAAUUCCGAUGAUUCGGGGCCAUCGACGUCGAAAUCCGAAGACGGAGAGCAGAAGAACACGUUCGAAAGAAGACAUCGUGGAAACCGAGCCGGACGACGGGUGCAAGAGCGGCGACGGAUUGGUUUUUUAGCCAAAAUGUUGUUGGCGAUGAGCAACGACAAAUAUCGUGAUCCUCCACGAAGAUAUUGGCGAGGUGGUUAUUCCAGAGGAAAUAACCACGGAACAUCGUAAUUUUCCUCAUUUAAUGUUCCUUAUUUAAAAAAAGUGAUAAACAUGUGAUACUAAAAUAUACUAAAAUAUUUAGUUAAAAUAUGCAAAACCGUGACAAUUAACAUGUCAUGCAGAAUAUGUAACGUAAAAAAAAGCAAUAAGACAAUAUGUGAAAACUCA